CCGGCCGGCUCGGCGCUGACUCCGCCGCACGCUGCAGCCGCGGCUGGAAGAUGGCGGGGAACGACUGCGGCGCGCUGCUGGACGAAGAGCUCUCUUCCUUCUUCCUCAACUAUCUCGCCGACACGCAGGGCGGGGGAUCUGGGGAGGAGCAACUCUGCGCUGACUUUCCGGAGCUAGACCUCUCCCAGCUGGACGCCAGCGACUUUGACUCAGCCACCUGCUUUGAGGAGCUGCAGUGGCGCCCGGAGAACUCCGAGACUGAACCCAGCCAGUACAGCCCUGACGAUCCGGAGCUCUUCCAGAUAAUCGACAGUGAGAAUGAGGCCCUCCUGGCAGCACUCACCAAAACCCUGGAUGACAUCCCCGAAGAUGUUGUGCAUCUGGCCGCCUUCCCAGCCCUGGAUGAUGGAGACGCACCUUCCUGUGCUUCUGCUUCUCCUGUCCCCUCAUCUGCGCCCCCCAGCCCCUCCCUGGAGAGGGCCCCAGCCUCGGCCCCUGAAGUGGAUGAGCUCUCGCUGCUGCAGAAACUCCUUCUCACCACGUCCUACCCAACCUCGACCUCUGACAGCCAGAAGGAAGGGACCACCUGGCGCCAGGCAGGCCUCAGGUCCAGAAGUCAGCGGCCUUGGGUCAAGAUGAACAGCAUCCAAGACAGAAAGACCCACAUGAUGCAGUCUCAGACCCGGAGUUGCACGGAGCUGCAUAAGCACCUCACCUCGGUGCCGUCCUGCCCCCGGGCUAAAGCCCGCUCCCCUGAUAGGGUCCUCCAGCCACCACCCCUGAGUCCCUGGGUCCCUGCCAAGGAGGAUGAGGAGGCGGGUGAGGACUGCCCGAGUCCCCAGCCGGCUCCAGCCUCUCCCUGGGACUCCCCAGCACCGGGCAGGGCAGACCCCGGCGCCCAGGUUUCCCAGGAGGACACGCAGGGCAUGGUGCAGCUCAUUCGCUACAUGCACACCUACUGCCUUCCCCAGAGGAAGCUGCCCGCACAGGCCCCAGAGCCAGCCCCCCAGCCCUGCAGCAGCCCCGCCAAGCAGGUCAGACCCCGGCCUCGGUGCCAGCACCCUUCCAAAGCCACCUGGGCUGAGUUCUCCAUCCUAAGGGAACUUCUGGCUCAAGAUAUCCUCUGUGAUGUCAGCAAACCCUACCGCCUGGCCACGCCUGUCUACGCCUCCCUCACACCCCGGGCCCGGCCCAGGCCCAAAGACAGCCAGGCCUCUGUGGGCCACCCCUCCCCCGUGGAGGAGGUGCGGGUCGCGGCUUCACCCCAGAGCUCGGGGCCCAGACCCAGCCUGCGCCCGCUGCGGCUGGAGGUGAAAGGGCACAUCAGCCGGUUGGCCAGGCUGCAGCCUGAGGAGGAAGAUGAGGAAGAGGAGGAGGAAGAAGAAGAAAAAGAGGAAGAGGAGGAAGAGGAGUGGGGCCGGAAAAGGCCGGGCCGGGGCCUGCCGGGGACCAAGCUGGGGAGGAAGCAGGAGAGCUCCGUGUGCCCCGUGCGGCGUUCCAGGAGACUGAACCCGGAGCUGGGCCCCUGGCUGACGUUCACCGAUGAGCCGAUGGUCCCCGCGGAGCCCCAAGGGGCUCUGCCCUCGCUGCGCCUGGCCCCUGAGGCCUACGACGUGGAGGGGGAGCUGGGCAGCCCCGCGGACGAGGACAGUGGCCAAGACCAGCAGCUCCGACGGGGACCCCAGAUCCCAGCUCUGGAGAGCCCCUGUGAGAGCGGGUGUGGGGACACCGACGAGGACCCCAGUUGUCUGCAGCUCUCUUCUGGAGACUCUCCCAGGUGCCUCAUGCUGGCCUUAUCGCAAAGCCCCACUGGCGACCCUCCUUUUGGCAAGAAGAGCUUCGAGCAGACCUUGACGGUGGAGCUCUGUGGCACGGCAGGACUCACUCCGCCCACCACGCCUCCGUACAAGCCCACAGAGGAAGACCCCUUCAAGCCAGACAUCAAGCAUAGCCCAGGCAAAGACAUAGCUCCCACCCCGGAGGUUCCCCAGCUCGGGGCCGCCGCAGAGGCUGCCCACAAGCUGCCAAAGAAGCACCCAGAGCGGAGCGAGCUCCUGUCCCACCUGCGGCAUGCCACAGCCCAGCCAGCCUCCCAGGCUGGUCAGAAGCGCCCCUUCUCCUGUUCCUUUGGAGACCACGACUACUGCCAGGUGCUCAAGCCCGACGGCGCCCUGCAGAGGAAGGUGCUGAGGUCCUGGGAGCCAUCUGGGGUCCACCUCGAGGACUGGCCCCAGCAAGGUGCCCCGCGGGCUGAAGCACAGGCCUCCGGCAGGGAGGAAGGCGGGAGCUGUGAUGUCGGUGCCCCCACCAAGGACAGUACGCUGCUGAGAGACCACGAGAUCCGCGCCAGCCUCACCAAGCACUUUGGCCUCCUGGAGACAGCCUUGGAGGAUGAAGACCUGGCCUCCUGCAAGAGCCCCGAGUACGACACCGUCUUUGAGGACAGCAGCAGCAGUGGCGAGAGCAACUUCCUCCUAGAGGAGGACGACGAGGAGGACGACGAGGAAGAGGACUCAGGGGUCAGUCCCCCUCGCUCUGACCACUGCCCCUACCAGAGCCCACCAAGCAAGGCCAGUCGGCAGCUCUGUUCCCGCAGCCGCUCCAGUUCUGGCUCUUCGUCCUGCCACUCCCGGUCACCAGCCACACGAAGGACCUUCAGAUGUGAGAGCAGAGGGUCGUGUUCAGACAGAACGCCAAGUGUCCGGCACACCAGGAAGCGGCGGGAAAAGGCCAUUGGUGAAGGCCGCGUGGUGUACGUUCGAAAUCUCUCCAGUGACAUGAGCUCCCGUGAACUGAAGAGGCGCUUCGAGGUGUUUGGCGAGAUUGUGGAGUGCCAGGUGCUCACGAGAAGCAAGAGAGGCGAGAAGUACGGCUUCAUCACCUACCGGUGUUCUGAGCACGCAGCCCUCUCUCUGAGGAACGGCGCUGCCCUGCGGAAACGCAGCGAGCCCUCCUUCCAGCUGAGCUACGGGGGGCUCCGGCACUUCUGCUGGCCCCGCUACACUGACUACGAUUCUAAUUCAGAAGAGGCCCUGCCUGCGUCAGUGAAAACCAAGUACGAAGCCAUGGAUUUUGACAGCUUACUGAAGGAGGCCCAGCAAAGCCUGCACUGAUAACAGCCUUAACCUUCGAGGAAUACCUCAAUACCUCAGACAAGGCCCUUCCAAUAUGUUUACGUUUUCAAAGAAAUUAAGUAUAUGAGAAGGAGAGAGAGCGAGUGCGUGAGAGAGAGAGAGAGAGAGAGAGACUUGGAACUGCUGUCCUUUUAAAACAAACAAAAAAAUCAAUGUUUACAUUGAACAAAGCUGCUUCUGUCUGUGAGUUUCCAUGGUAUUGACGUUCCACUGCCACAUUAGUGUCCUCGCUUCUGACGGGUUGUCCUGGGUGCGCUCCAGACGCUGAGUCCGUCACCCACCUCCCCUUCCUCCCCGACCGAUGUCCCCUCGUAGACGUGCAGCUGUGUUCACCAUACCAUUUCUUGUCUGUAGUGUGUGAUGAUGAAAUCGUUACUUGUGAAUAGAAUCAGGAUUAUAAACUCAUUUUUAAUUGAAGAAAAAAAAAGUAUAUCCUUAAUGUAUUUAUGGCUCAGAUGUACUGUGCCUGGGAUUAUUGUAUUGCUUCCUUGAUUUUUUAACUAUGCACUGUCGUGAGGUGUUUGCCACUGAGCUGCACUGCUCCCUUUGCCAGAAUGCCCCAGAGGUGCUGGGUGGCCGGAAGCCUGGCCACCGGGGAGGUGUGGCAUGCAGCCACAGCUAGGAGGAAUGGAGAGAGGUUUCUGGGCCUCUUCCGCUGAGCGCUGCCUUGUCUCUCAUUGAGCAAGUUUGGGUCCAUUUACAAUCAGAGCCCUCAUCUGGUGUCCAGCUCACGCUUAGAAUUUGUGCCUGGCCGUGAAUGCUCAGAUCCUUGCGGACCUUGGAAGGAAGGUGGGGUGAGCUGCGUUAUUCCUGUUUUCCAGGCAGUGCCCCAAGAGGCGAAAUGACCUGCCCAGGGUCCCACGACCAGUGAAACUACAGAGGAACGGCCCAGCCCGGGCCUAUCCUAGGGUAAAGAGGCAAAGUUGCAAAGACUGGUAGAGGUGGGUUCAGCUAAAAAGGACAAGAGGCUAGACGCUUCCAGGCUCAUUUUGUGGGGGUAAGUCAAUGGCUGCCUCAUCAGCAUGGGGCAAGUUUAGGCUCUGGCACCAGUCUUGAUCCAAGGGGUCCUGUGGUUUGCUUACACCUGUGGACAUGCCAUCAGAGCUUCAGUGACACACCUGGGGUGACACAGAGAGGCAACCUGGGAGCGGUCAUUCAUCCUUUUUGGGCCAGUCACCAGCCCGUCCUCCUUCAGCUUGACUUCCCUUUUCUUCACCUGUAAAGUUGUUUUGGUGGCAUGGGGCAGGGGGAGCAGGAGGGAGACGUGAGGGAUGGGGAUGGAUAAGACAAUCUCCAAGCUCCUCUCCGACUUAGAAAACGUUCAUUGGGCUCUACUUUAAAAUUUGUGUUCUUGAGUGAUGUCAAAGCCAUGUCCAGCUUGGAUGUUCUGCAGGUGCCUUGGGGGCCGUUUGUGAGGGAGAGCAUGGCCAGGCAGGGUAAGAGUGCAUUGCUUCUGCUUCAGACAGAGCAGCUCCAACUUGGUCUCUUUCACACAUCAGGGUUCCUCGGGAAAUUUUUGUGUUUAAAAGAAAAACAAAGAAAAAAGGUCCUGCUGCUUUAAAAAAGUUUGAACUUGACUCAUUUAACUAAACGAGGUGAUUUAAUCUAUUAUUAAUGCCAGGCCUAGUUCUUUGGGAAUUGGUAGUUAUGGGGUUUUGGUUUGUUUGUUUGUUUUUAAGAUUAUGAAAUACCUCAGUAGGUUAACUGGGCCGAUGAACCUCUCCUGAGAGGUGAGCAUACUCCAAGCCCACAGAGAAGGUUGGAGGAGACAGGUGUUAGAGGAACAGGGAAUUUGAGUUCCUGUGUAUCAAGUCACUUAACCUCUCUGGGCCCCAAUUGUCUUUUCUGUGUAAUGGGCUGAGGGGGAGAAUUAGGCAAGCUGAUCUCUAAGGUCCUUGCCCGGUCUGAUAGUCUUAGCUUCUCCUAAGGUGGUAUCUAGCAAAUACAUGGCAUAUGGGCCACUACUCCCAUGUCCUCGGCCAGUAGCAGACAUAACUAAUCAACCACAGUACUCAUGUUCUUUGAGCUUGGUCAUGCUAUUAGAAUCCUCAACACAGUGUUCUGAGCAGCCAUUACUAACUGAUCAGAGUUUAACCUGUUUAACCUUCUGGUCUAAUCUUUGAAUGGUUUCUGUUAUACAGAACUAUAUGGUGGCUGGGUUUCAUGCUGGCCCAUCCCUGAUCUAUGAGAGAAAAUUCCCCUAAAGCCCUUCCUUGGCACAGGACUCCCAAUACUACUCCGACACAAUCCCACUUGGGGAUGGGGGCCAAGUGGAAUAGUGGGCAGGAACAUGUUUGGGGAAGGCAGGGUUUAUGAGGAUGGACCAAAAGGGGACUUUCCACAGCACGGACCUGCACAUUCUAAAUUCCUUUUAUAGCUGUUCACUGCCUAGCAUACAGUAGGCAUACAAUAAUUGGUUAUGGAAUAGAAUGGAAUGGAAUAGAAUUUAAAUCCACCGACGCCUCCCCUAAGUCCUGAUUUGCACCAAGGAGUAAACUGAGAUUUCAUCCUGUGGAAAAAGUAGGAAGGAACUCUACAUUCAGAGUCUGGAGAACUGGGUUGAGUCCUGGCUCUGCCAAAAACUAUCUUUGUGACUUUGAUAAGUCACAGAGUCCCUUCCUCUCCCUGAGCCUUGGUGUGCCAGAAGGAGUCGGACUAGAUGAUCUCUAAGCCCCUCCUAAUUGCUUCUUCCUUGAUUGCACUAGCCUAGAGAUUCUACCGUGAGAAUAUGGUACCUUAGGGUAAAGAAAUGCAGAUUUUUAGUGAAGGACAAGUCUGUCCCCUCUUCUGGGUCAGCUGAAGCUGCCCUUUCACUUGAGACUAAUAGAAGGCACUUGAAGGUAGUUAGACAUUGGCUCUUGAGUGUAGUACUGGGACGUGAUAUGCCUGAGGUCGGGGCUGGGGCCCGCUGAUGGGAGAGGGUGCCUGCCAAAGGCAUCAAGAAGCUUCUUCUCUCCAUCCCGUACAUAAAAGGCUGCAAGUUCUAAAAUUGACCAACCCUGCAGACAACCUCCAUCCGGAAGACUCAUUCGGUGCUCUGUAUUAUUUACCAAGGAGACUCCAAGGUCUCUCCAGGACAACUAGUCAACCUUGGUCUCUUUCCCACCAAAUUAAGGAGUAACCCAGAGGGAGCAGCUGCCAUUGGCAACCAUCUCAUUGUAGCUCUGUCCUAGUAUUUGCUCUUGAUCAUGUUUACAUGUGAUUGCCAUAAAAGCUUACAGUAGACUGUGUUGGCCACCCACGCAAGGCAGGUUGUACUGUCCAUCUCUGUGCCGUGCUGGUGUUUUCCAAAUAUGUCCGAUCUAAACGCUAAGUGGAAUUCUUCCAUCUCCUUCCUCAGUCGGUACAGGCUGAAUCAGAAUCCUCACUCCUGGGGGCUCUGGUUACCGAAGGAAAAUGCAUCAAAGAGGUAAAGAAUAUGAGUGGAUGGAGUGCAGCUACGGCGGUGACCCCCUUCCCCACAUCAUACCUUGCCCCCCAACCAGAACACUGCUUUGAGACACAAAGCACCAGUCAGGUGUCUGCAUCUGCUGUGAAUUCUCACAGCCUUGCGUGUCAAAUGUGCCCAGGAGAGAGGCAGGGCUUCAGGGGUUCCAGGGCGGGAAGAGGAAGGGAGGAAUGCUCUAAGCUGCAAAGACUCGGUACCCAGGUCCUGAUGUGGGAAGAGAUGCAAUAAGAAAUCUUUCUCGCCUAAAGCCUGUGCUUGUUGAUGUUUGGAGAGCGAUUUCUUCUAGGUGUAUGCAAUAUACAUACUGAGGGGGCAGGGAAGGCAUGACAGUGCAGCCCUUCUGCAGGGAUGGCUUGGAACCCUAUCCCAGGCCUUAGGUUCAGUUGAAAUGACAGCUGAGCCUGCAGCUUGAGAGAUGGGACAUCCCAGCUGUGAAGCAGAAUCAACCCCAAAGGAUUUGUUGAUCUGACUCACUGAGUCAAAACUGCAGUAUUUUCUUACCAUUUGAGAUUUAGCAUUUGUCCUCAGAUAUGACCAAGGAAAGAAAUUGAAUGUACAGUAGCAAAUAAAGUGAACCUAAUGGUUUCAAUGGCCAAAGAAGAGGGAUCCUUCCCAUUGGGGCAGAAGGAAACCGGUUUGUGCUUACGUGCAAUAUGUUUAAGCUGGUCCCCAAGUCCCUCAGACAUUUGCACACAUAGAUGGGCUCCAGGGCUGUCUGCCGAGUACGGGGUACUCGGGUAAAUGGAGGGAGAGCUCGGGAGCUGGGAAACCCUCAUGCAUAGCGAUGCCCUUGGCCCAAAACAGACGUGAGGUGGAGGGCCCCUGGGAGCCGGCUGUAGAAUGUCCAGGAAAGUAGGCAGAAGCUAACUUUGCAUUGAACCAAUAAAAGCACUUUGAGAAAACCACAGCACUCAGCCUGGCUCCGUGUUUCUACACUGGCGAAUAUGGAUCUCCUUGGGCUGUGUGAGGCAUUCUCCUAGGGAUUGGAACAGGGGAUCAGGAAAGGGGCUGGUGAGGGAAGAGCGAGCAGACAUGCCUUCCUAGACAUCAGCCACAGGAGAGCCCACUCUAGGGCCAGCCCUUUGCUGGCCUCUUUGUUGGAAGCCCUAAAUAUGGAGUGGUGCUUUUCGAUCUUGGUACCUAUUUCUGUAAAAAAGAAAAAAAAAAAAAGAAAACAGCACAGCCGAUUGAAAUGGGUUUGCAGAGCAAGUCAUUUAUCUAUAAGCCAUCUCAAAGUGAGAAACCCAGAGUUUCUUACUUGCCAUGUGGUCUUGGGCCACUGUUUCCCCAUUUACAAAUGGGAAUAUUGGAUGGAAUGAGCACUACAGUAAGUCCCUUUCACCUCUGAUAGACUCAGAUUCCCAUCCUGGAGCAUCGGGAAUCCAUCACUAACCCACGAAACCAAUUCCGUUCUCUGACUGCCCAGCUCACAUUCAAGGUGAGAGUUCUCUGCAAGGUAACCAACCUGCGGUGGAUUCAGACCCACACGGUCCUGGCCGAGUUACCUUAUACGAGGAGGCCAGCUCCCCAGGACAGAUCUAAGCCAUAGUUUCUGGUGGGGUGGUGAGAAGUAAACCCCAGCUUGGCUAGGUGGCGAUGUCGAGUCUCACGUGAGCCUCGACAUUGUCCCCGCCGAACAGCUUUCAGUCCGAAUGUUGUGACCACUUGGCUGUUUCUCUCUUGCUCGCAGACAAUACUAGCAAUACACUUGUUUUUUCAAAACAGCUUAACUUAGGAACUUUUCACACAUUUCUUUCAAAUGAUUGUAAAACAUAUGGGGCAACAGGAGGCAUGGAUCACACUGCAUAUGUUUAGGGCAACUUUUGUUUUUUGUUUCACUAUAGCAGUGGUGACUGAGGCUUCAAGAUUGGGGGACAGAUUUUUAGGUACUGAAUUUCAUCAGAAUGCCUUUCACAUUCAGAAGCAGCACAGAAAUCCAACUGCCCGAACUGGGGGCUCGGAAAAUAGGGUUUCGUAGGUGGUCAGUCCCUGGGCUGUGCAACAAUGCCUCAAAGACAUGUUUUAUAGCCAGAACCCUCUCUCUGCUGUACGUUUUGUCAAAGGAUCUUCCAAGCCUCCUUUUUCACUUUGCCAGCCUUGCUCAUGGGUGACUUUUGAAGGGACUGGUCAUCUUCCACCUCAGCACUUUGCCUUAUCAACGUCUAGCCGCCAUCUAGUGGCCAAAGACUGUAUCUACCAGCUACCCAGAUGGAAGGCAAAUAAAUCCUUUUGGCCACCUUGCUGUCCAACACCAACUUUGGGAAUGAAAUGCAAGGUCAUGAGCAAACUGUCUGUGUGUUUAGAGCACAGUGUAACACCAGUCAGAAGCCCCAGAAGCAGCCACGCAGACUGAGAAGUAAUACACUAGCUAUCCUGUUGGCAGCAGAGACAGGAGUGGACCCUGUGCCCAGGUGCCCAGGAGGGGUUUACUGUAACUGCAAUACUGGCAGCGCAGCUGCUGACCUUGUUAAGUGAACCUCUGCUCUGUGCCCCCCACUGGACCCUCGGGACAAGCAAAGAGGUUGAGUGUGAGGAUUCUGUGGGGGGCCUGACCAUGGCCUUUGGUGUGGUCCACCGAAUAGCCAAAUAGAUUUUUUUGUUUGUUUGUUUUUGUAUUUAAAAAUCUUGUCAAAUGUUUUUGUGUUAGGAAUAAAAAGUCAUAAACUACUCCCAACUUUGUUUCUGGAGGAAUGUUCUGAUUCCGAUGGAAAGAGGUUGGAAAUCUCAAGGGGUGUGCGGUCAGAGUGGUCAGUGGACCAGGGAAGUGGACCACUUGGAUUUCCAAAUGGUUUCUGGGGAAGGUGACCAUCCAGAAGUCUGGCUCAGGGCAGUCUGCUCCAGAAAUUCACACCCACCCCCUUCACCUACUUGUGCCAUGGUAUUAGCAUUGGUUUGGAGCAUCUGCUUCUUCCAGAGGCAGCUGCUAAUGUUGAAACCAACACAAGAUUCCUCUCCCCAACCCCAGGUUUCUAAAGAAACAGUGUCUGUAGCUAGCCUUAAUCGACUGGGCAAGGUGGUCCCUAUGGUCCCUUCCAGCAUUUCCAAAUAUUGGACUCAAAUCCUUUUCUCUUAGUGUGACCAUGCAGCCUAGAGAAUUCUGAGCAAUAGGAAGCCAGGGCUUUCCCUGGCUGUGUGACAGGGUCAAACCAGAGAAUGGCUAACCUUGUGAGGUUUGGGCAUCCCCAGGGGUACUACUGUAGGGGGCAUUAUUUAUUAGGAAGCUCAACAAGGUAACUACAGCCUGGGGUGCGUGAGCGCAAGGUUGUGUGUGUGUGUAUGCAUGUGUGCACGCCUGUGUUUGUGUGUAUGUGUGGAAUUACAUUGAUGCAUUUCUUGAGAAAGGUGCAAGAAUUUCACCUACACAGAGGGACACAUCUGCUUUGUUAUUUAUAAUAGAAAGCUAAAAUUUAAUUUUUUAAAGGACACUGCUGAUGAUUGAGAAUCAAGUUUUUAGUUUUGCUAUUUUUUUUAAUUGGUAGAGGAUUUUUUAUAUAUUUUUUCCAUUUUGUUGGGUUGUGUCCUUAUUUAUAUAAAUACAUUAUCCGUGAGGGCAAGGAAGAAACUUCUUUGCUUUUAAUUAUUGUGGUUGUCAUCGUCCCCAUUUUAUUUCUGGUGUGGUUUAUCUGUCUUACCUUCUAAAUGAGAAAAUGUUUUCCUGUCUUUGUACAUUGUCAGAUUCUAUAGUUUCAUAGAUAAUUUAACCAAAUUGCUCUAUGUAUUAUUAUUCCGUGAGUAUAAAGUUCUAUUUUAACGUCUGUAAAUACUUCAGAACUGGCUUCUUUUCUCAAACUCCCACUGUGGAGUUAUUGUUUACAUCACAAAAACUGUAGAAUCUCUAUGCUCAUGUACUGUAAAUAGUGAAGUGAUCUGCUUAUAAAUAAACUUAACAAAUACACUAU